GACAGCGGGCGGAGCAGCGCUCUGUCAGCCGUAUGUUGUGCCACUCGCAAGAUGGCGCCGCCCAGGGAUUGUCUUCUGCUGGUCGCGGGACUCUCGGUGUGGUGGUCGUACACGGCCUGUGCGUCUGCUGAGGAUGGAAGCUUGAAGUGCGACGAUCUGCGCCUGGGACAAUAUAUUUGCCUGGACCCCGAAAUAAACCCGGUAACGCAAGAACCCGUUAAAUGUGCAAACUUGACAGCCAUGGCUCCGUGUUAUCCGGCACCUAAUAUUUCCUGUAAAGAUUCUGCCGGGAACGUCACAACCUUCUCUGGUAAAGAAGUUGGCUUCUUCCGAGCAUUUCCCUGCCGCAACGUAAACGGUUAUUCCUACAAAGUAGCGGUGGCCUUGUCCUUGUUUCUCGGAUGGCUCGGAGCUGACAGAUUCUACCUGGGUUACCCCGCUUUAGGAAUGCUGAAGUUUUGCACAGUCGGGUUCUGUGGAAUUGGCAGCCUGAUUGACUUCAUCCUCAUCGCUAUGCAGAUCGUUGGCCCCUCUGAUGGAUCGAGCUACAUCAUUGACUACUACGGAGCCAGGCUCAUCCACUUAAGUAUCAAUAAUGAGACCUUCAGAGAGACACAGUUAUAUCCAUGAUUUGUUUGUAAGUUACCUGUCAUGGAAUGAAUACACAGAUAUUUUUUUUUUCUA